AUGUCUAACAAAGUCCGGUCUUUCAUUCUACGUCAAACAGAUGAAUCCAAAGGAGUUUACCCUUUUUUCAAAAUACAAGUAGGAAGCGGCUCAUUUAGCCUCAGUAACGCAUGUGUUAUUAGCACCCUCAGAAUCGUUUCUAGAAUAACAAUAUUUAGUUGGCUUUAUUCUACAACCGUCCCAGAAUCGAGUCGUGGGUGUCGCAACGUAUAUGACCCAGGGCCAGAUAUUAUUACAUUUUUGACUACAAAAGGUUCCUCAACCACUUAUGGAGAUGGGCUUAAGGUUACAUACCAAAAAGCUGUUCUAGCUAAUGUAGGAUUCGGCGAAACAAGCCAGAAUGAACAACUUGUAUUCAUAUUAUCAUCCGUCGAAGGUCAAAAAGGUAUAGCUGAGAGCGACCUCAUGGAGGGCAUACUAGGUUUGCAACCUCACUACGGUGCCGGAUCAAUACGGGAAUUCCUUACCUUCUGGGCAAAAUUAGCACCUGCUCUCCCGAAGCCUGUAUUUGUCGCCGACCUUAAAUUCAAUGGCAUAGGAGAAUAUACAUUCGGAACCAUGCCUUACAGACCUGAAGAAGUUCAGUUUUGGGAAGGACUGGACAAAAAUCGUUGGAGAUUACCGAUAACCAAAUUUGCAAUUGGCAAACAGCGAAAUAGACAAGAAGCAUCAAUAGCAGACUUUCGUGCUAGCUUGGAUACUGCUUCCACUUCCCUAUGGCUUCCAUCCAAGAUUGUACAAGCCUAUUACUCGAUGGUGCCAGGUCACAUUUACCAAGAUGGACUUUAUCUCAUUCCGCAACAUCGAGUGCUUCCUGAUCUUUAUCUGUAUAUUGGGGAAAGAAAUUACGAAGUUAAAAUCCCGGGUGCGUUCUUCAAGCCUCAAGGAUUAAUUAAUGAUGAGUAUUAUCCAGGAAGGCUCGAAGAAAGUUCGGAACCACAUGGUGCUCUUCUAGGACACCCAUUCUUCUUCGCUGCAAAUGUGAUUUUGAAAGGCAAUAAUAACCUCUCGGUUGGUUUAGUAAGGAAGGACGCAGAAAAGCUAGGGGAAGAGUGCAGAGCAGCGAAUAACAAGGUGGAGACUUCUCGUGAGAGUAAUAGUUGCAUUCAAGACGGCCCCUUCUGUUGCCCACAAUAA